UUUCUUUGCUUGAAGUCAACUUAUUAUCGACUGUAGAAGUGUAGACUGUAACAGUCAUUGUGUCGUUAAAUACAAAAUUGUUGUAUAACGGUAAAAAAAUUACAUUUAAAAUUUAUAUUCCUAAUGUAAUAAGUACUUCUCGUGUAUUAUUACAUCGCAAACUAUAAUUUACAGGUAUUAUUCGAUGAAAACAUUUUACUUAAAUUACAUUUUUUUUCUGUACCUACCGAUUUACUAAUGAGCUUUUGGUUGCAUAUAAAUUUAUUUGAAUAGGUUCAAACCAAAAUUUAUUAAAAAAAAUCAAGAUGGGAAAAGCUUUGCAAUUUGAUGUGAUUGCCUCCUGCACUACCUCAAAAGCUCGUUCUAGUUUAAUGAAAUUACCACAUUAUACAGUGGAAACGCCAGUAUUUAUGCCUGUUGGUACCAAAGGAUCCAUUAAAUCUGUUUUACCAGAACAGCUGGAAGAUAUGAACUGUCAAAUUAUUUUAGGAAACACAUAUCAUUUGGGAUUACGUCCUGGAGUUGAAUUAUUAAAAAAAGCCAAAGGCCUUCAUAAUUUUAUGGGUUGGAAACGUGCUUUACUUACUGAUUCUGGAGGCUUUCAAAUGGUCUCAUUGUUACAUAUGGCUGAAAUUAAUGAACAGGGUGUUAGUUUUGAAUCACCUUAUGAUAGUACAAAAAGCUUGUUAACUCCAGAGAAGUCUAUUCAAAUACAAAAUGCAAUUGGUGCAGAUAUAAUAAUGCAGUUAGAUGACGUCGUACCAACUACUUCAAAAGACAGUGAAAGAAUGGAAGAAGCUACUCACAGGACUACACGUUGGUUAGAUCGUUGUUUAAGUGCUCAUGAAAGACCUACUGAACAGAAUAUAUUUCCAAUUGUCCAAGGAGGUCUCUCAGAAAAUUUAAGAAAGUUAAGUGCCAAUUUACAUUUGGAAAGAAAAGUAAAUGGUUAUGCUAUAGGUGGUCUCGUUGGUGGGGAAGAUAAAGAAGAUUUUUGGAAAAUGGUUAUUCUAUCUACUAAUAUAUUACCUUGCGAUAAACCUAAGUACGUGAUGGGAGUUGGAUUUGCAGUAGAUUUAGUAAUUUGUUGCGCUUUAGGAGCAGACAUGUUUGACUGUGUAUUUCCAACGAGAACAGCUCGGUUUGGUUGUGCGUUAAUUUCAAGUGGUCAGAUUAGUUUAAGACAUAAAAAGUUCAGAAUGGAUUUUGAACCAAUUGAAAAAAAUUGUAGUUGUUCAACAUGUAAGACAUAUACUCGAGCAUAUAUACAUCAAAUUGUCGGUACAGAAGCUGUUUCUUGCAAUUUAUUAUCAAUACAUAAUCUUUAUUAUCAAAUGCAAUUGAUGAAAGGUAUUAGAGAAAGCAUUAAGGUAAACAAAUUUCCUGAAUUUGUCCAGGAAUUUAUGACAAAUAUAUACCCAGAUAAGAAUUAUCCACAGUGGUGUCAUGAUGCAUUACAAUCGGUGAAUAUAGAACUGAAAUAAGAAUGUAUAUUUUAAGCACAAAGUUCUGCAAAUUGUAAAGCAUUGUUUGAAUUUUGAAUUCAUAAUUUUCAUUGGUUGAAUAUUGACACAACAACUACCAAAUAACUAUUAAAUUAUAUAAUUUUAUUUUUAUUUUUUAAUUAUAAAGAUAUACAUUACAUUAAGUUAGGUUGGUACUUACUAUAAUUUAAAAUACUUUAUUUUAGGAUUUGCUUUAAUAAAUUUAAAUUAUGAAUUUAACAUUAAAACCACCAUUUAUACAAUUUUUUAGUAAUUUUAAUUAUACUAAUAACUUGUACAUUUAAAUUGUACAUAAUUGGAAUACAACUUUUGAAACCUAUGUACAAUAUUCUCCAACUCUAUUCCAAUUAUUAAUAUGUUAUUUACUUUAAUUUACUUCAUUAUUCAUCAAUCCUUAUGUGGGUAUCGGAAAUACAAAGCAAUUGUUCGCUCCCAUUAAAUUAUCCAUCCUAUAUGUAAAUUGUAAGUAGUAUAAUUCUACAAUACACUGUUAAACAUCAAUUAUUGGUUCAAAACAAGGCUUAAAGCCAGUUUUUGGAAAUCACUUAAUUACCAAUCAGGUGAGACUUAGAUUUUUUCAUUUCUAAUUUUGUAACCGAAACUAAAUUCAUAAAAAUCAGUUUAAAUAAGAUUUUAGAACUAAAUAAACUGUUAAGAUCAAAACCAAACAAUUUAAAAAAACUGUUAGUAAAAUCUAACCUGAAACCUUUAAAAUUAAUUUUGUUAAUUUUAAAUCAUGAGUUAUGUGGCUUGGUUGUAGCAUUUAAUAUUGGUUAAUAGAAUGUAAACUGGUGUUAAACCAACUAUGGUAUUCACUAUUACUUUGAUCAUGGUUACGGUGUUAAAAAUGAAAAACCUAGAUUUACCCAGCUGGUUAUGAACUUAGGUGGAUUUAUAAAACUAGGUUUAAGCCCAGUUUAAAUAAAAAAAUAAAAGAAAUCAAAUAUUCAAGUAUCUGUAUUAUUAUGGAUUAAUAUUAAACAGGCAUAAUGUUAGUUAUACACAAAAAAAAGCACCUUAUAUUAGGAUAUUAAUUGUUGUUAUAAUAUAAUGUUGUACCUAUGCAUAUAAGUCAUAGGUGAAAUAGACAAUGGUUUUCUUAUAUUACUGUUUUAAGUUUUUGUUUACUAAGUUCUAAGCACACAAAAUAUUUAGUAUAAAAUUACAAUUUUUUUUUUGUCUGCUUACAACUAAUAUGCAUUAUUGACAUACAAAAAAUUUAGACAUUACGAGUUGUAUUUUAAGAACAGAAAUAAUAACAUUUUCUAUGUGGAAAAACAUACUUACAAAUUAUAAUAAUACAUUAUUAUUAUACCUACCUGAUGAUAAACAAAAUAUAUAAUAUUGAACAAUGGUCAAUGAUAUAAAAUAUUUAUACAAAUUAUAUGUAAUCACAGUUUUACUGAAAUAUAAUUUGAGUGUUUUUGUUUUAAAUGUACGUUGACAUCCAUAGUUUUAAAUAUAAUUUAAUAAUUUUGGACUUUGGUUAUUAACUUACUUGAAUUGUAGAAAUAUUUCAAAAUCAUGUGUUAUUUUAAGCUUUUUCUGAAUUAUACCUACCUAUUCAGUUAUAUUUUAUUUUUUGAACUAUGAUGCAUGUUACUGAUAUACUAUUAAAAUUACUAAAUAUACCUACCUAAUUGUCAAUGACUUUUUAAUAGUGAAUAGUACGAUGUUUGAGCGAAACAAAUAUGUUUAUUGCAAAACAUGUUUAUGUGUUUGACAGCAUGACGUUAAAAGUUUAAGAAAUUAAAUCAUUAAAAAUAAUUACCCUUUUAAAGCAAGGUUGUCAAUUUCAAAAAUCGUCCCUUUCUAUUGUAUCACAGAUUUAGAUUUACAAUA